CCGGCAUCCAACCUGCUGUCGCCGCGGCCAGGCCGAGCGCAGCAGGCGCCACGCGCAGAGCACACGCUCGCGCUCCAGCUCCCGGCCUCCGCCGUUCAUGACCGUGACCCCCGGACGCAGGCUCCGCCAGCCUCUGCCGCAGGCUCUUCGGCCACUCCCAGCCGCCGCAACCCCCCCGCCCCCCAUCAAGUGCUGUGAAGCUAGCCUGAGCCCCCCCCCUGCCCGCUGCCCGCUAGUGGCUGCCCGGCUCGGCUGGCACCAUGCUGCCCGCGCGCGUCCGUCUGCUCACGUCCCACUUGCUGCUCGUGUUGGUGCAGCUGUCCCCGGCCGGCGGCCACCGCACCACUGGCCCCAGGUUUCUAAUAAGUGACCGUGACCCUCCGUGCAACCCCCACUGCCCCAGGACUCAGCCCAAGCCCAUCUGUGCCUCUGAUGGCAGGUCCUAUGAGUCCAUGUGUGAGUACCAGAGAGCCAAGUGCAGAGACCCAGCCCUGGCCGUGGUCCAUCGAGGUAGAUGCAAAGAUGCUGGCCAGAGCAAGUGUCGCCUGGAGAGGGCUCAGGCCUUGGAACAGGCCAAGAAGCCACAGGAGGCUGUGUUUGUCCCUGAGUGUGGCGAGGAUGGUUCCUUCACACAGGUGCAGUGCCAUACGUACACAGGGUACUGCUGGUGUGUCACCCCAGAUGGGAAGCCCAUCAGUGGCUCUUCUGUGCAGAAUAAAACUCCUGUAUGUUCAGGUCCAGUCACCGACAAGCCCUUGAGCCAGGGUAAUUCAGGAAGAAAAGUCUCCUUUCGUUUCUUUUUAACCCUCAAUUCAGAUGAUGGCUCUAAACCCACGCCCACGAUGGAGACCCAGCCUGUGUUCGAUGGAGAUGAAAUCACAGCCCCCACCUUAUGGAUCAAGCAUUUGGUAAUCAAAGACUCUAAGUUGAAUAACACCAAUGUAAGAAAUUCAGAGAAAGUCCAUUCUUGUGACCAGGAAAGACAGAGCGCCCUGGAAGAGGCCCGGCAGAAUCCCCGAGAGGGCAUUGUGAUCCCCGAGUGUGCUCCUGGUGGGCUCUAUAAGCCAGUGCAAUGCCACCAAUCCACGGGUUACUGUUGGUGUGUCUUAGUGGACACAGGGCGCCCAUUGCCUGGGACUUCCACACGCUAUGUGAUGCCAAGUUGUGAGAGUGACGCCAGAGCCAAGAGUGUAGAGGUGGAUGACCCUUUCAAGGACAGGGAGUUACCAGGUUGUCCUGAUGGGAAGAAAAUGGAAUUUAUUACCAGCCUGCUGGAUGCCCUCACCACAGACAUGGUUCAGGCUAUUAACUCAGCAGCGCCCACUGGAGGUGGGAGGUUCUCAGAACCAGACCCCAGCCACACUCUGGAGGAGCGAGUGGCACACUGGUACUUCAGCCAGCUGGAUAGCAACAGCAGCGAUGACAUUAACAAGCGGGAGAUGAAACCAUUCAAGCGCUAUGUCAAGAAGAAAGCCAAGCCCAAGAAAUGCGCUCGGCGCUUCACCGACUACUGCGACCUGAACAAGGAUAAGGUUAUCUCACUGCCUGAGUUGAAAGGCUGCCUGGGUGUUAGCAAAGAAGGUGGUAGCCUUGGCAGCUUCCCUCAGGGAAAACGAGCAGGCACAAACCCAUUCAUCGGACGCCUCGUCUAAAGAGCAGAAGAAUCAAAAGGCCAAUGGAGAGUCCAAGGAGACUGGACUGACCAUCAGACACCUAACUCUCAGCGCUGCCCGUGGCCCAGCCACAGCCCAUGUAACAUAAGUGGUGCCCGCCAUGUUUGCACUUUUAAUAACUCUUAUGUGUGUGUUUUGUUUCUGGUUCCAUUUGUAAGCACCAGUUAUCUAACACCACAGCGGGAACAGGAAAGGGAAGAAAAACUGUUUAUGCUCUUUUAUUGAUAAAGUUUUUUUGGAUCUGCUACUGACAACUUUUAGGUUAUUGGGGGAGGGAUGGGAUUGAGAAGAAAGAGAUUUAUAUACUGUAUAUAAAUAUAUAUGUAAAUUGUAUAGAUCUUUUGUACAGGCAUCGACAUCACUGUUUGUCCCUUCCCUUCCCUCUACUUUCUCUGGACUCACAGUCCAACUCUCUCAGACGACAUCCUUAGCGUACUGAGUUCACUGCAGAUGGACCCUGUUCCUCACAGGAGCUCUGUGCUCGUGCUGUGGACAGCACAUUUUCUUCUGGUGGGAAGAGGGUCGAUGCCAUUAGCUGUCAAAGUCCAGUCACUUGGCCGUUGGCUGGAUAGGAGGGGAGCCCAGCUGCUGUGAUGGCCAGCAUGGAUUCCCAUUCUCUGGUGGCCCACGUGCCCUUUCUAUCCAGAUCCCUUGGCAGUCUACGGUAAAUAACGGAGCAAGGUCUGCUUGAAGGGGUUGAAUUUGGCUACUUUAAACAUUCCCAUCUAUGUUUAGCGCCUCCCCCAUGUAGGACAAAUUCCUAAGCAUGUGAGGAGGACAGGGUUUUCCUUCAGCAGGUGUUUAGCAUCUGAGGAAAUGGUGACGAGGACAGAAGACUUGAACCAGCUCUUCUGCAAACCCACAAGAGUCUCCAUAAGCAUGUCAUUUCCAACACUAAAGUCAGACUAGGUUUUACUUCAGUGCUCUCCCUCCAUCUCUUGCCCUCAUCCUCACUGAUUGGGUCAGCCACCUUGUUGACCAAUACCGGAGUUGCCUUUAUUCCUCCGGGAUUCCUCAUGGACUUCCAGAAUUCUAGAAUUCUAAAAUUGGCAUGGCGUCCCUUACCUUUGCUUCCCCAGGAGGAACAGGAGCAAUGACCCAGCAAUAGGGCAAUCUAGGCUUUUGCACAGAGUGUCACCUGGAUUGCAUCCAGGCAGAUAAGCAGCCUUUUCUGUCUAGGUGCCAUGCUGAUUCAGAUGUCCUUCUGUCAGAGCAGCAAAUGACUCUUAGUGGCGCCUCCCAUGGUCAGCCAUGAUGGCAGUGAGGAAGGCCAGGGCUGGUGCUUUUGCUGGCUAUCUUGGCAAUAUGCCUUGCCUGGGAUUCCAUCUCAGUACCCUGUAAAUGCAUCCACCUUGGUAAACCCUGUUCUAUCUUGGGUCUGGAAGGCACUGGCCCCAUAAUGCUGCCCACAUGUGGGGAGCAUCUCAGGGCUUGAUUUGAUGAAGUCUUGGCUCCAGAAGAUUCCUGCCGUUCUGGUGAAAGUCACACACGUUGUCUCACAAUGACCAGUGACAUGUCCUGCCCUGACAUGGUAAGGUGGAAAGAAUGCCUUCUCUUGGAGCCUUUGAGCAGAAACACCACAGCAUGGUGGAGCUGGAUGGCCCUCACAGCAGACUCCAUCCUUGUUUCUUGGCCUCAAGGAAAUGUGCAGAGAAGCCAAUUUCUUUCUCACAGAUGGGCGUAGGUUGUGCUGUGUGGUUUUCCCUUGGGGAGGCGGGAGCAAGGAAAAGUAUUUGUAGCUUGUUUUAUAAAAAAUAAAAAUGGCUAAACCUUGGCA